GUGCGGCUUCAUUCGCUGUCACCAACACAUGUAGGUGCAGCGGGGAAAGGAGGCGGCAGUGCUGAGAGAGAGAGAGAGAGCGAACGAGUGAGCUGUGUGUACGUGAGAGAGAGAGGCACCCAGUCUCCCGCCGCACAUACACACACAAACAACAACAAAAAACGUUCCAAAGCUUCAACCUGACUUCUUCCCCUAUCUACAUUUCACCGACCACUUCAGAGAGACUUGAGACGAGACGCAGACUGAUCGGAGCAAUCGAUCCGCAUGUACAGAAGUUAGAGGCCGGACGUAUCGAAGGAGGAACUUCAACAUUCACCUUCGUCAGUGAACGAAGGAAGGACGGAGAGAAAAGGGGAGAGCCGAGAACGCUAUUUACCGAUUAACGAGAAGGAAAAAAGGGCGCUCGAUACAGAGAGAGAGAGAGAGUUUGACGCUGUUAAGGCGGCCAGCAAUUGAAUUCUUCCGAUUGCAAUCGAAAUCCAGACGGAUAUUUCAAGACCGUAGCAAAUAGCUGAUAAGCAGCCGUUCUCAAAAAAAUCACCCACAAUACCGAGACAGCGGAGGGAAGCAGGAGAUUCGAGGGAGGGCGACAGUGUAUUUUCUCUCUCUCUCCUCGCAAGAAAAAGAUGGUGAACAACGGGAGCUCGCAGCCGCCCACGGGCAGCGUCAACCGCGCGGGCUUGGCUUGGAAGAUGUGCGCCGGCUGCCGGGGGAAGAUCGCCGACCGUUUCCUGCUGUACGCCAUGGACAGUUACUGGCACAGCCGCUGCCUCAAGUGUUCUUGUUGUCAGGCCCAGCUCGGCGAGAUAGGAACUUCCUGCUACACCAAGAGCGGUAUGAUCCUGUGCAGGAACGAUUAUAUCAGAUUGUUUGGGAACAGUGGGGCGUGCAGUGCGUGUGGACAAUCGAUACCAGCUAGUGAGUUGGUUAUGAGGGCACAAGGCAACGUCUAUCACCUCAAGUGCUUUACUUGUGCCACUUGCCGGAAUCGUCUUGUCCCUGGAGACAGGUUUCACUAUAUCAAUGGCAGUUUAUUCUGUGAACAUGACAGACCCACGUCCCUUAUCAAUGGACAUUUGAAUCCACUUCAGAGCAACCCUCUACUAUCUGACCAGAAGGUUUGCUGAGAUGGUUUUGAGCAGUGCAGAAUGCGUGCCUUCAUGCCUUUUCGAUCUGGCUCAUCGCAGGUGGACCCCACUUUGUUCCAGUAGACAGUCAUGUUUUUUGGCUGGUUUCAACGCCAGGUACUCGACGACAUUGCACACUUAUAUACCCUUGCUAGUUUGCUCUCACCAAGCUGUUCUUGCAUUAAAAGUGACUUGAGGACACCAGAUUAUGGACUCCGUGAACCCGGGCUAAUGAGACUGUUCAGAAAGGGGGUGGGGAGGCAAAAAUACAUAUGGCCCAUUUUGGAGGACAUCUGGAAUAAUGACAAAUUAAACUAAUUACUGGAGGUUUUGAGAUGUGCUUUGUACCUACAUUAAUAAUUAGCAGGGCACUGGCCUCGGGAUUCCCCCUCCUCCCUGUAUUCUAUUUUCUUUACGACAUCCUUGCAAAAAAUUGUGUUGGCUCUUUGUAUUUCUAAGUGUUGUAUUGACAAUGUGUUUAUUGCUAUUAUUAAUAAAGAGGCGGCAAUGGGAGAAAAAAAAUCCAGUGAUUUUUGUGGUAGUUCUCUAUCAUAUAAACACUUUUAGUGGUUCUCUGUACAAUAACAUGUAUGUAUGCAUGUAUGUGAUUUGUAAAAUGUUGCUUCUCCCCCUCCAAUCCCAGCAAAAUCAUCCCAGCUUUCUAGUAUCUAAUGUAGGACUUUAAGAAUGGAAAUUUUAUUUGUGAUAUUUUCAAAAAACAAACAUUUGCUCUAGUAUGGUGUAUUUAAAUAAUAAAAAGCUUGAA